AAGAAAUAUAUAUCAAUAACAUAUUUGUAAAAAAACACUCCUAUACCCAAUAGUUCGAACGAAUAUUUCGGCCUAGUUACGAACGACAACGGUUACUAAGUACAUUAUUAAAUCAAUAUCAAUGUAAAUUUGAACGUCGAAUUAAAUGACAUUUAAGAAUAAGUUUUAAAAUGCCAAUUGUGAUAAAGGAUUAUACUUGGAAUCAGACGGAACGUAAUUUAAGUCUGACAGUGCCUCUGACAAAUGCACAAUCAAGUAAAACGGAUAUCUUAAUGUCACAUAGAUAUAUUAAAGCGUCCCUUAGAGAUAUAUUUUUCGAUGUUGUUUUGCUCCAUUCAAUUGAUACAACCAAAAGUAAGUGUACGAAAUCAGCAAAUUACAUAUUGUUUGAAUUGGUGAAAUGUGAUCCGGAAAUAUGGGAAUAUUUGGAGCCAAAUAUUUCUAGAAAAGAAAAAUUUGCAUUAAAACAACAACUAAUUGACGAAGAACAUGUACGUUUUCAAAAGGAGUGUGAAGAAAUGCGUCUUAAAAAAAGUGAACUAAAAAAGGUUGCCGUCCAGGAACAAAUUCAAUUGGAGACUAAACAAAGGGAAAACAUAGAGAAAAUAAAAAAGCAAGAACGAAUGUUGGCGCUUGGUGACAUAAAUCAAUGGAGAAAUUCUGUUACAAUAACAGAGUUGAAUGACAAUGUUAAUACCAAUUCUUUAACAGCUUCAGAAGCCACUGAAAAUAUAUCAAAUAUACAGAAAACCAGUGUCAGAAAACCAGUACAAUACCCUAAAAAAUUAUCGACAACUAAAAUACCACCUGUCAGAUCUAGUCAAUCUUUACAAAUCUUAUUUACACCAAGAGAAUUUCCUACUCCUAGUAGGGAGUCUAACCUUGCAGAAGAAACGGAGUAUCUUAGAAAACAAGCUGAAGCUCGCCGAUGCGCCGGAUUCGUCAGCGAAGAUAUUAGACCAGAGGAAAGAAACCCCCAGUUCAUGUUAGCAAAAGGAAAAGAAUUUAUGAAAAACGACAAUUUCUUAGGAGCAAUAAGUGCUUUCAGUUAUGGAAUUAAGCUUAGUGACAAGUUCGUAGAUCUAUACAUUGCCAGAUCGGAAGCUCACAUGAAAGUUGGAAAUUUUAAUAGGGCUGUCAAUGACUGCAGCUCCGCCCUUAAUUUACUAAAACCCGCAGUUCCUGUGAAUUUAAAAGAACGAGCUUUGUGUAUUGGAAGAAGAGGAGUUGCGUUAUGUAGAUUAAAUGUACUAAAACAUGGUAUUAAUGAACUUGAGGCUAGUCUCAGGUUAUUGCCCGAUGAAUACUUUGAACAAGAAUUGAAAGACGCCAAGAUUAAAUUAACCGAAUUUAAUAAGGAAAACACGACUGAACAACAAUUAUAAUUUAUUAGCAGCUACAAUUAUUAUAUACAUUUAAAUAC